UUGGUGCCUUCCAUUAACCACCCCCCCCUCCCCUCUCUCCGGCCCCCACGGGAGAGUCCCGCCGUUGUCCUCUCAACCACCCCCACCUACCCCUCCACCUUCACCAUCCUCCUCCUUCACCUCCUCUAUCUGAUGUGGCGCUGACUCCAUAGCCUAAAUCUUCGCCGUCCUUGGCUCAGGUAGGAUUGGCGUGGCGUGGCUUGGCCUGGCUUGGCUUGGCGAGGCGUGGCUUGUCUAGGAGGACAUCGGCUUCGUCUUUCUUCUGCGGGUCGUGAGCGCGCUCGGGAGUGCGCUGCGCUUCCUCUCUUGCGCCAGUGACCAUGAUUCGCUCGGUUGUCCGUAGCUUGGUGGCGGGCGCGCGCGCGCAUGCGCACAGUGUGGGCGCGGGGGGAAGCGUGGGGGCGAAGACAUUGGCGCCGACCGUGUUAUCCUCAUCAGUGCCUAUUCAACUGUUCAGCGUACCUGGCAAGUAUGCGACGUCACUUUUCAAGGCAGCAGUGAAAGCGGAUGCCCUCGAACCUGUGGAAACAGAGUUGCGUACAAUAACAGAGCUCGGAGAAUCCAACCAACUGGUUCACGAUUUUCUCAAGGAUCCUUCGGUGCCAGUGCGUGACAGAAUUGCAGGGAUAGAGGACAUUUCCAAACAUUUGAAAUUCUCCCCACUCACAAAUAACUUCUUAGCUCUUCUGGCAGAGAACGGAAGGCUAGAGGAACUCAACCGGAUUGUGGGUCAUUUCUCCGACCUCUUGAUGGCGCAUAGGGGGGAGGUGAAAGCAACGAUUACAUCGCCUUUGGAACUCACUACCCAGGAGAUCACAGAUCUGAAGAGUGCUCUGCAGGCUCGGUUGGAGCCCGGGAAGAAACUUCUGCUCUCUCAGAAGGUGGAUAAGAGUAUCAUCGGCGGAUUGGUCAUCGAACUUGGGGACAAGAUGAUUGACAUGUCGAUAAGGACGAAAAUGAACAGGCUGCGAUCGCUCCUUUCUGCUCCUCUGGACCUUGAGACUGCCAAUUCUACCACUGGUGCUGCUGCAGAAUAAAUUUCCUUCACUGUCAUUGUGCAUCAAGCGAGCGAUGAACAGCUGGACGGACCGGAUACGAUCGGAUUGGAUUGGAUUGGAUUGGAGGAUCAUUGGCGGGCGAUCGUGCCAAAAAAACGUUUUUGGCAAGUGUGGUUAAUUUGGCUGAGAGCUUCGAUCUGAACCGUCAGUGUGCGUGCACAAGGAACGCCGUCGCCAAUCGAUCGCACGGCUCUCUAUAAGUUUUUGGCAAAAAGAUUGCGACUGGUUGUUCCCCUCCCCCCCCGCCCUCCCCCCCCCCAGCUGGUGAGGACGGAAACUGACCGUCAUUUCUGUCAAUCGACACAUGUCCUUCGUCCUUUCCUUCUUCUCCCGCACGAGUCUGCGGUGUAAAAAAAAAAGAGAUGGCAGUCAUCUUCACAUCGACUACAGUUCCUGGCGAAUGAUGAAGGGGUUUCUAUUAUCCCCUUCCGGUCAGAACAGCAAUUGCUGCCAAAAUAGCGCAAGUAUCGUCCCCUCCCCUUCCUCUUCCUCUUCACAACAUAGGAGAUUAUUGGAUCAACGGAUGUGGUUGACUCAUUUUGCUGAUAAGUAGAGUUUAAUGAUGGAACAGUCGUCUCGAUGAUGCUUCUUCGCGAGCAAGCGAGUCUGAUGUUUCACGAGCAAGCGAGUCUGAUGUUUCACGAGCAAGCGAGUCUGAUGUUGAUUUGGUCUCCUCUCAAACCCAUGCAUCCUAGUGCCUGGACACGGGAGACACUCUUCCUUUCGCAGACUGUCAGAAAGACUGCAAGUCGUGCAUUCAGACUGGUACCGACCUGUGUGCCAGACUACUGACCCGUCAAGCAGACUGUCAGGGACUGUCAGACCAUGUCAGACACAGACUGUUAGAGACUGUCAGGAAAUGCCAGGCACUGUCAGGAACUGUUAGAGACUGCUGGGGGCUGUCAGGGACUGUCAGGGACCGUUAGGGACUGUCUGGGACUGUUAGAGACUGUGAGGGACUGUCAGAGACUGUCAGGGACUGUCAGAGACCGUCAGGGACUGUCAGCUGCCAGAGACUGCCAAGGACUUUGAGAAGCUCCCAUCGACUGUCAGAGACCGUCAGAGACCGUCAGGGAUUGCCAGGGACUGUCAGGGACUGUUGGGAAGGUGCAUUGAAAGAGAGAGAGAGAGAGAGAGUAUCAGUUGUGAAACAAUUCAAACAGGAAGGUUGGUAAUCAGAUUUAUGAGGCAGAUGGUGAUGAUUGCAGGGGACCUUUCAGGAGGCUUCUGCCAAGAUGGCAAUCUAUUUCAAAUCUGCCUGUCCCUGGCGGCGGAGCGUUCAUUAGCGAACGAUGGCUGGGUGACCAAUCGACAAUGGCUCGCGGACAGGGAGAGUAUCGCUUGAUUUUCCAUUUCUCAUUGGCGCAACUUCAUGGUUUUGCCUUUUCACAAACAGCUUUUGGUCUUUUGGAAGAAUAGCAAUUGGCCAGCUUA